AUGUCAGAAUCACAGGCUUCCACGGGGCUCGACGAACGCUUCUUCGAUCUGCUCCGGCAGCGCGCAGGCAGCGACAGGGCCUUUCACCUCAGCACGUCCACGGAGAGCCAUCAAUCGGGCAUUCCCGCAUCUGCAUCGAUCUUCGCCGUCCCGCUGCAGCCUCUCAGCGGCCUCCCGGACCAGCUGCAACCACCCGUCGUUCUUGCCCCGUUCAAUCGCGCGCUUUCCCCACGACGCGUCGCAUCCACGAGAAAUGUCAAGCCCGCGCUUCCUACCCACCACAGCGCGCCCACAAGCACCGGAUUCGUGAAAGAGACGGACGGCGCACCCAUAAUGUUCCACAGCUUUGCCGGCGGCAUUGACGCUCCGGGCGAUACACAGCCGGACAGUCAGAUAUACAACCAUUACACGAGUGCCGUACAUCCAACGCAAGAAACACCAGUCGCCCGAAAAGGAUCUGUUCCAAAGUCGCUUUUUGUGGAACAUGUGGACGAGGGCGAGGGUGACAGUCCAAAUGACGGUCUCCAAUUCGUCGAAUCAAGUCAAGACCAGCAGAGUCCGAACAUCACAAGCCCAACCGUCAUGUACGAUGACGAUGUGUUAGGUGUGCUUCCGCCCGGCCAAUAUGCGCCCACGAGCCCGCUCAAGUUCGAGACGCCUGCAAUUGCGGGGAGGAAGAGGGACAGCUCGGGACAGAUGCUCAGCUCAGCCGUACGGACGAACAUUACUACGCCCGGCACAGUCGCAUCUGCCGCCGCAUUCGCCUUCCCAGGCUUUGGUGGUGGUGGCGGUGGUGCGUCUAUGUCACUCACUCAGGUGUGGCAGAAUACUCAAGCACCUACUUCUCCAGCACUGCCUGAGGCCAGUGAGGAUGUGGCUUUCACCCGACCCUCGCCAAACUUCACCAAUGUCCGCCCUUCCAGCCCGGCCGAAGGGUUGUCGAGCCCCAUCAAAGCCAUGCGCGACGAAACACCGCGAAGCGACCCGCCCGUCCGAUCGUCAAGCGAGCCCCGUGCAGAAUACGUCUCAAUGAAGGAGUCGCAGGAGAGGCGCAAGCGUACAACGCGCGAGAAGCCAGUACAACUAGUGAAGGAAGACAGCUGGGAGGUGCCCUCUGCUGCCCAGUUCCGGAUACAGAAGAGAAAGCUGAAGGAGGACCUUGAGCGGAAGGCCGCCAUGUCGUUUAUCCGCGACUCCGUUGCCAUCAUGGACUCACAGCCAGACACAACUGCCAAUUACGACAGCAUACCACGGCCAAAAUCCUUACGAUUCCCCUCAUCGCCCUCAAUCAACCAGUACAGCAUCAACCAGACCACCAUGGCUUCCAAGACUGGUUACACCAGCCAAGUCAUCUCGUCUUCUAUACCACCACUGCCACCAGGCUUAAGUCCGGAAGACACAGCGAAUGGCCUGGACGAAGACAUCAUGCCGGAAGACGAAGAUGGCGUGCCUAGCAGUCCCCCCAUCUCUGCGGUCGAUGGCUCUGUCACGUACGACGAACAUGACCAAGCAUACGAUGAGUAUGCUGAGGGUGGUGGCGUUCGCGAGUCUGUUGAGCCUACAGCUCCUGAUGAAGAGGCAGCAAGUGAGGAUGAGGAGGAUUUGCCCCUUACCAAACCAGAGCCUGAGGAGGAUGAGAAUAGCAGCCCGGAUCAAGAAGACAUCGAAAAAGUCGACGAGCUGGAUCUGGUUCAGCAUCAGAGGGUCGACUUAGGAACAAAUCAUGAAGUUUCGGAAACCCUGGAGCAAGAGCAGCUGCCGCAGGAGCUUCACGAGGAGCGGGCACAAGAGCACUCAGCGCCCGCGGAAGGUAUUCAGGAUAGUGAAGCCCCUGCGACGUCACCGCCGCUCCGCAGGCAACGUCAGAGCACUGUUCCUGAGACGGAUGCGCUUGAGGAGACGCAACCAUCCUUGUUUCCUGGCGAUUCUGCCAUGCACGACGAUACACAUCAGACAGCUGACCCUAGCGCGCCGGACCAGACCAACAGCACCGAGCCAUUCCACACCGCAAAUGAGCAACUGCCUGGUUCUCAACACGACCCGCUUCUUCCAGAAAGUUCCAAGGAGAAUGGGAGCGACUCCAUCAUGGCUGACGAGCGCCUUCGCUCUUUGCAGGACAUCCACAAUCUGCCUGACACUCAAAUGGAGGAAGAAAUCGAGAUACCCCGCCUCAGUGGCUUCGACGACGAGGACGAGAAUUUAGUGAACAGCUCAUCUCCCGCGCCUCCAUCAGCGAAGCGACGAAAGGUGACAUACACUACGAAGCGCAACGUCUUUCGAAGUCCUGUCAAACCAAUGGCCGCUCCCACCAUCGAUGCUGAUCAGUUUCCUACAUCUCUACGAGAUGAACAAGGUCCAGCGCUCGUAGAUACACCGCCGACUUCAUCGGCUCAAGAGCGCGAGGAUCAGGGAGCAAACGCAGCCGUGCGGGCCAGGGAAGAGGCACAAGCUUCAUACACUCGACAGGCCACCCUCAAGACGAAACUCGCACCUAAGCCCACACGAGUGAAGACCCAGAAGAAGGGGGCGCUCAAGUCUGUUGAUAGAGAGAUCCUGGCUGCCAUGUCAUCUUCUCCGUCAAAGGCUGAACCUGCUGUAGGGAGCCGUACGAGUACACCUGUCACUCCUACAAAGCGAGCCAAACGCAAAGCGGUCGCUAAUGUUGAUGUUGCUAUGCCGGAUGCUGAUGAAGAGCGAGAUGAGCUGGCGGACCCAACACCAGAACCCGCGAGCAAGGAAGCCGUCGUCAAGACAGCUUCAGACAGCGGUGAGGCAUCCGCAGGAGACAUCAUCGCUCCCAACCGCAUUCUUGCAUCAUGGCCAGGCAGCCACUUCUAUCCAGCGAUAUGUCUUGGUCGAGUCGCUGGUCGUCAAUUAAAUGUUCGCUUCGACGAUGGUAACACCACCACUCUAGACGCCAGUCAGGUUCGUGCUUUCGACCUCCGCCCUGGAGACCAUGUCAAGGUAGAUGAGGCAGGUAUGAAGAAGCACACAUACGUGAUCGUCGGCUUUAAGGACAAAAUUGAGGACGUCGUUGCACAGGACAGCCCUACCACUGAUCACCGCGGCUACUCAGCUAUUGUAUUAGAGGAGAAGCGACGAGACAGUCUUCCUGCAGCUAAGACACUGCAGCCUCUGAAGCGCAUCUCGGUACCCAUGGGUCGCAUCUAUCUGACAACCCAGCUCUGGAUGAGGCUCCGCGAUCGAUCAUACAACUUCUCACCACCCAACUCACCCAGCAAGUCCACGUCUCGUAUCGGCACACCUGUCCAUGCGGCAGAUGCUCUGACCACGCCCUCGUUUAGUCGGCGAGGCAUGACAGUACCAUCGCUUCUCAAGAAUGCUACCGGUCGAGCUGCUUCAGUCGCAUCUUCUUCCGCACGAUCUGGCAGUGGUGUGUUCUCGAACAUGGCCUUCGUGUUGACCUCAACCGCUAUGGAUGUCGACAAAGAAGAGCUCUCGAGAGUCAUCAAGUCAAACGGUGGUAUGGUACUGGGACAAGGUUUUCACGAAUUGUUCGACUACGAAUCGGCUGACGCACCGACUUCAUCGCAGAGCCGGCGUCAGUCUGCCUCAGUUGUCGACGGAGCUGAAGGGCUGGUAUUGAAGCCUUCGUAUAGAGAUCUUGGUUUUGUGGCCCUAAUCUCAGAUUCACAUUCGCGCAGCACCAAGUACAUCCAAGCUCUGGCCCUCAACGUGCCUUGCCUACAUCUCCGAUGGGUACAAGAUUCGCUAAACGCCUCCCGCGCUGUGCCGUUCAUCAAGUAUCAGCUUCCCGCUGGGGUCUCAAAGUUCCUAGACCCCAAUGGCGUCGUUCGCUCACGCACCAUGAUGCCAUACGACCCCGCCGCCGACGACCUCUCCUUCGACCAAACCAUCAGUAACCGCGACCUUCUGCUGCAAAACCAAACCGUCCUCCUCGUCACCGGCAAAUCCAAGAAGGAAAUCGAGAAACGCCAACCCUUCAUCUUCCUCACCCACGCUCUCGGCUCCGCAACUGUAGGCCGAUGCGCGGACCUCGCCGCUGCUUCAGAUAUGAUCCGCGACGCGCAGUGGGACUGGAUCUACGUCAACGGCGAAGCCGGCGUCGCCGACGCAGCUUCCGAGCUAUUCGGCACCGGCAAACCCGCUGCGAGCGGUAAGUCGAAGAAAGGCAAGAAGAGAAAGCGCGAGGAGGGCGAGGAGAAGGAAGAGCUCGUUGCGAGGGGCGAGAUUGGUGGCAAGAAGGUGAAAAUCACGUGUGCGGAGUUUGUUAUUCAGAGCUUGAUUUUGGGCGCAUUAGUGGAGGAGUAA